AGCCAUUUUGGCUCAAGCCUUUUGUUUCUGAAAGUUUUGGUUUGAAGUGCUGGCUAUGGGGGAAUAUGUGCUGUCCGCUUGCAGCGACGACCAGGGAAUAUUUGCCACCGAUCUCCACACUGGGGCCCUCGUGGCGACCUUCGAGGAGUCGGUCGCGCAGCCGUGCGCGUUCGGCAUGGUCGGGGGCAGCUCCGGCCACGUGCACGCCGUGCAGGCGAACAAGGCGCUGUGGCACGUGUGGGCGUGGGGCGACAAGAAGCCCAGCUACCGCGCCAGUCUUCCCGAGAAGAUGACAGCCAUGACCUUCACGGGCGACGCGACGCUGUGCUUCGGGGGCGCCGCCUCCGGCUCCAUCUACGUGUGGCAGGCCGCCACGGGGGCCCUGUUGAGUUGCUGGCCGGCCCACUACCGCGAGGUCACGCAGCUCGUCGUGUCCCAGGACGAGAGCCUGCUCGUCUCGGCCUCGGCGGACGCGAGCGUGAACGUGUACGCUGUCGCCGACGUCUGUGCCGAGAGGGCGCCCAGGCCUUUGCACAGUUGGUCCGGGCACGCGCUGCCGGUGACCUCGGUGGCCCUGCUGCCGGGAGGUGGGCUUCACCAGGUCGUGGUUUCUGCAAGCCUGGACCGCUCCGUGCGGCUUUGGGACGUGGGCACGGGCAAGCCGCUCGCUUCGCACACGCUGCCGGUGCCUGUGCACAGCGUCAGUGUCAGCCCCAGCGGCGCCGAGCUCCUGGUCGCUGGCGGAUGUGGGGAGCUGCGCUCGAUCAGCCCGCCGUGCGGUCCCGGCGAGGGCGCCAGCAGCUACGUGGGCCAUGCUGGCACCGUGUUGAGCUGUGCACUGAACGCCGACGGCAGCAAGGCGGUCUCCUGCAGCGAGGCCGACCGCGUGCGCGUCUGGGAGACGCGCAUGCGGCAGUGUAUCUCGCAGGUGCACGCCUCCCGCGGUGUUAAGAUCGGGUCGGUGCAGGUCGUGCGGUGCGCUGGCUUCGCGCACAGCUUGCCGCCCUUCCAGCCGUUCCAGCGCCUGCUGCAGGCGCCCGAGAGCUCACCUGCGACGCCGAUCCCAACCAGCGGCCGAGAGGCCGCCCUGAGGCAGGCCAUGAGGGAGUGCUCGGGCUCCGGCGACUUCGUCGACAGGCUCGCCUGGGCCCAGGCCGAUGGCGAGGAGGCCGCGGGGGGCGUGGAGCAGCUCCGCAGGCAGCUGGCCGAGGCGCAGGCGGGGCAGGCGCGCUGGGCUGCGGCCGCGGCCGGGCUCUACGGGGCCCUCGUGGACGCCGGGCUCGACGGGCGCCUGGCCUAGCGGGGCACCCCGCUGGGCGCCGCCCAGGGCGCGAGCGGCGCCGCCCAGGGGCGCCGGGCCCGCGGCAGAGGCGCCG